CUCCCGGCCGCGUUUCCAAGGCGAGGAUGCCCGUGACGGGCGGGGAGGGAGGCCAAUGGGAGAGAGAGGCGGGCCUUGGCGGGAGCUGGUCCUGAUGCUGCCGCCGCCGCUCGGGGCUGCGGGAGACAGUGGGGACCAUGGGGCUGGUGGCUUGCAAAGGGCACUAGCCUCUGCCUGUGAAGAGGCCUCAACUCUGUGACCCCCUCCCCCCCACCAUCAUGGAGCCCCUGAAGGAGAGGGCUGGGUGGUGCGCAGGGUACCCGGGGGAGGAGGCUGUCGCUGAAAUGAGACCCUUGCUGCAAGAGGACAUCAGCCAGGAUGGCAUUGCGAUGGGGGUUGAGCCUACAGGCUGGGGGACAGAUGACCCAGACUUAGAGGAGAAUGAGGUUGGCACAGAUCCUGUUCGGGUCAUGAUGUUGCCACUUCAAGCCCAGCAUGCCAUGGAGAAGAUGGAAGAAUUUGUCCUGAAGGUCUGGGAGGGCCGCUGGCGUGUCAUGCCUUAUGAUGUGCUGCCUGACUGGCUGAAGGACAAUGACUUCCUCCUCCAUGGGCACCGGCCGCCCAUGCCCUCCUUCCGUGCUUGUUUCCGAAGCAUCUUCCGCCUCCACACGGAGACAGGCAACAUCUGGACACAUCUGCUUGGGUUCCUCUUCUUCUUGGUCUUGGGCAUAGGAUACAUGAUCAGCCCCAACAUGAAGUACGUUGCCCCCAUCCAGGAGCGUGUUGUCUUUGGAAUGUUCUUCUUGGGAGCCAUCCUUUGCCUCUGCUUCUCCUGGCUGUUCCACACGGUCUACUGCCACUCAGAGGAGGUUUCCCGCACCUUCUCCAAACUGGAUUACUCUGGAAUCGCCCUGCUCACCAUGGGCAGUUUUGUUCCCUGGCUCUAUUACUCCUUUUACUGUUCACCUCAACCCCAACUCAUCUACCUCGUCAUCAUUUGUGUCCUGGGCGUCACGGCCAUCAUGGUGUCGCAGUGGGACCACUUUGCCACCCCACAGUACCGGGCCGUCCGAGCAGGGGUGUUCCUGGGCCUGGGGCUGAGUGGCUUGGCGCCCACACUCCACUUCGUGAUUGCUGAAGGUUUCAUCAAGGCCACGACCGUGGGGCAGAUCGGCUGGCUCUUCCUCAUGGCAAUCCUCUACAUCCUGGGCGUGGGCCUGUACGCUGCCCGAAUCCCUGAACGCUUCUUCCCGGGCAAGUGUGACAUAUGGUUCCACUCCCACCAAAUCUUCCAUGUGCUGGUGGUGGCGGCUGCUUGUGUCCAUCUCCACGGGGUCUCCCAGCUGCAAGCGUUCCGCUCUUCCUUGGGGGGCACCUGCACCGAGAACACUGUGCUCUGAUAGCCUUCCUAGAGCAGACUGACCACCUCUCCUGGACAAGGGCAGCCCUUCACACUGCACUCCGUAUGGACCAAGAGGACAGGCCCCCCCCCCUUAUUAAGGGCACUGCACCUGUUUGAGGAGGGGGCUGUUCCUCCCUUCUCCUUCCUUCCUUUGAAGAAAAUUGCUGUGUCUCAGAUCUUUUUAUUCUUGGGGGCAGGGGCUUCCUUUUCUCCCUAUCAGGGCAGCUCUCUCGUGUGUGCACACACAUGCACAAAAUGCCAGAAGGUAUUUAAAUUAGGAUGAGGAACCAAAGCAAUGGAACAGGACUAAAACAGUCCCUGGAAACAGCUUAGGACUCCCCUAGCCAACCCCGAAGUUUCUGAGAGUGGGAUGGGUGCAGGGGGCCUCUGUGUGGGCCAAGGGGAUGCUGAUGUUAUAGUAUGAAGGUCCAAGCAUGGGUCUGACAAGGCCUUAGUGUGUGCGUCUGUGUGUUCAAUCAGUAUUUAUGAGGGAUUUGUUUUAAACUGGCCACUAAGGGAGCAUGCACUCUGCUCAAAAGCACAGCAACCCCUUUUUUUGCUCAAACUGAACUCUGAUCUCUUUGGUCAGGCAGGACUUCUGGCUUCCACGCCCAGCCCUCCCAAGGAAAGAUAUGGAUUGGUUUCUGGGAAGCCCUCUAGGUAAAGGCCAGGGGCAUCUUAGGGUCUUGGGUCAAAGGCCAAUGGGGAAGAGCCUUCGCCAGGCUGAAAUCAGUGCACAGCAGACUUGCAUAGUUGUCAUCCUGGCAAGGGAAAUAAUCAGGGUGGGGAUGGGUGCAGCUGUGGGCCCCCAAGUCGUCCCUCCUUAUUCUGGGGAGUGGGGUGCCGAAAUGUGCUACGGGGCAGGCAGGAGCCAGGAUUCCUGGGCUCUGCAACCUGCUAGAAAAGAUGUAUGGUAAACUCUUUUUUUGGUGGGGGCAGGGGAGGGCAAGCUAUGUGGAUUUUGUCUGGUAAAAUAAGAAUGCCUUUUAUGCAUAAAGGGAUCAAUGUCUUAGGCAGGGGAAAGCCUUCCUGCACAUAGACUGUGAUCUCCACCCCUUCACCAGCAUUUAAUAGCCCAGAGAUGGGCCUGUGGAGAGCAAUCCCGUGCCCAGCACUUUUUGUCACAGGCCCUCUGCUUCUGCACCCUCCACUGUUGGGUUGAAAUAAACGACAGACGAAUGGCAAGUGUCAUCUGGGAGGCAUCUCCCGAGCAUGUCUCGGGGAGUCCCUUUUAUUGAAUAUUACAGCAUUGCCACGUAUGUGCUUGUUGCUGAUUGGUUAACACAAAUACAUUGCCAGGGCUGCAUAUAAGACAUUAAUCAUCGAUAGAUAAAAGGUUGGGAGAAGGAACACAGAGUUAGACAGGCCUGAAAGCCUCCUUAUUAAACAAUUGCUAAUGAUUGAUAUAGCGAGACUUGAAGAAUGUACAGAAAGAUAGGAACAGGUCAGGGAUGAUGUUUCAUGAACUCAAGAUGAACUGAACAUUCCAGGGUGGUAAGAAGAGAAUGUCCCAUCACUCCACCCCACAACAAACAGCAGGAGGUCUUCUUUUUCUCCACUGAAAACAGUGGUGCUGGGACUUCUUUGAUCUAGGGUGUUUGGCAGGUGAAACACACCUGAAGGGGCUCCACUUCAUUUACCUUUAUAACGAAAGGCCAUCAGUCCAUGCACUUGCUGAAGAAUCCUCAGCCCUUUGCUCCUUGGGGAGAAGAGGUGCAGAUGGCAGGGGCCAGUGUCUGUAUUGGGGAGGAGGGCACUUUCCCCCUUUGUUCAUGCCCGGCAACCCAAAUUAGAAGGACAAGUCGCUCCAAUAUCAUUGACCUUGUUGUGUCACAGUCUCCUGGGAAUGCAAGCUGCCCAGCAGCUCUCUGGAUUGGGCUGCACAGUGGGAAAGCAGGAUAUGGAUCUCCUAAUUUGGGAGUGCUGUGCAGUGUGCGCCCAACACCAGUGCUUCAACUCUGUGGGAGAGGAGCACUGGCAGAGGAAGGGGGGGUGCGGUCCGCCCUGGGUGUCAUCCCUGAGAGGGGCUGCCCCCGCGGGCACAGCAUGUAUGCCGCUCUGGGUGCUGGAGCAGCUAGCUCCGCCUUUGGACAGGAGGCAAGGCUACGGCCCAAUGGACAAGUCUGAAAGGGCAGGCGGGUAAUUCUGAGAUCUGAAUCUUAUUCUCUUUCUCCUGCUCUGCACAGUUCAUUUUUACGUAUAUUAAAGAUGCAAUGGCACAGGGAAUGGGAUGGCAAGAGGAGGCCCAAAGAUAUCCUGUAUUCUGUUUUUAUGGUGAGAGUGUAACCUGACCCCCAAAGGAAUGGAGCAGCAGGAGGAGGUGGCUUGGAAAGAAUAGUCCUUGCAAUUCUUUGUGCGACUCCUGCCUCUGCCUUAUAUCGAACAGUUGGGAGGGGGGUGGUGGCAUUUAAGCUAAGACCUCUCCUGCUGCUUUUUGAAUAUAUGACACUGCCACCUUUCUUUCGUUUGGCAACUCUAGCCAGCUUGUAAGGAGUAACGAGGCAUGCUUCGCACCCCAUUUGCCUCCAUGCCGGGUCUGCUGGGAGCAUGUGGAAGCACUUUAAUCAUAAAGAUAAUAAUAUCUAAGUUGGUGGCACCUCUCCAGGCGAGAUGGUACAUGUUAACAUUACAGAAUGAAGAAAUCCCUCCUUUUGUGAUGAUCUUUGUAUUUGCCGGGGGGGGGUGAUGAGAGAAGAGGCAUAACUUAAUGCAGGCCUGUGAUUUUGGA